UGGGAAAACGGUCAUCAAAUGCAGUCAUGUGACCAUGGGAUGCUGCAAACAGCCAUAAACACAGCCAUGCUGCUGAGUGCCUGAAAUUCAGUCACAUGACUACUAUUGUAGUCAGAACUUCAAAUCCAGGUUGUAACUAACCUUAAGAUAAAUCCAUUGUAAUCUGAGGACUAACUAUAUUCCACUUGAAGGCCUCCUCCCUUGCCUAAGUGAGUAGGAUAAUUUAGGGAGAAUUCAGAUUGCUACAGCGGGAAAAUCUCAGAUCAAUUCUAAUCUUUAUUACGGUCAAAGACCAGCCUAAGAAAGCAUCAAUAAAUAGCAUUUUAAAAACUUGGAUGCCCCUCUUUAAGGAGAUGUAUGUGUUAAGAGUCUUAGUAGUUUUGCUAUCCAAGGGUGAGGGGUGUGUCUUUGGAACUGCACAGAGGAAAAUUGGGCCAUGUAGUGACAACAAGUUGAAUCAGGAUUUCCAGAAACGACAGCAGGGGAAGUAAUAGUAACAACAGCAACGAGGAAGAAGAGGAGGAUAGGGAAAAAAGGAAGAAAAGAAGAAGAAAAUGAAGGAGAAGAAAAUUUCUGGUCAGCUGCUUCUUGUACUUCUCUUGUUCAAAUGCAUGUUUUCACGUUGAAAAACUAAAGUCCAGAAUCCAUUGCCCUCCAGAAAAGGAUAGUUCCAACAAUGAUUUGGUUAUAACCACAUCCAGGCAGGCCUCAGAGAGACAUACUCACAAUACCCUCCCCUCGACACAUUGCUGGCUGCUGCCCAACGCCGCCUUCUCUGGAGUUAUGAUUCAGACCGCGCAGACUUACACACACACACACAUACAAAACACUUUAUAUAGAGGGUGAAGCUAAGCCUUUGGGGUGGGGGAAAUUAUCCUCUCUUAAGGAGCAGGCAACGAGGAAGCCCACUGGAUUAUUGCAAAGUAGAUACGGCUCAGACAACUCUUAACUUACUCUGUCUUUUGCAAAAACUGCGCUCCCAUGUCGCAUCAUGAAAAUCUAUCUUGUGCUCUCAAGUUUGCUGUACCUGGCAUCAGGAGAUACUAACGCAGGUGGGAUCUGCUGGUUACAGCAAGGACGGGAAGCCAGGUGCACGAUGAUCCUCCAGACGGGGGUCACUUGGGAGGAGUGUUGUGGCAAUGGAAAUACGGACAUGGCCUGGUCAAAUUACUCACACCCGGACAACAAGAUCGGCCUUCUUAGGAUCUUGGGCCUUGUGACUUGCCACCCCUGCAAAGAGUCCUGCGAAGGGGUGGACUGUGGAGCAGGCAAGGUUUGCAAAAUGAAGCAUAGACGCCCGCAGUGUAUCUGUGCUCCAGAUUGCUCCAACCUUCCCAGGAAGCUUCAAGUAUGUGGUUCCAAUGGUUUCACCUACCAAGAUGAAUGUGAGCUUCUCACUGCCAAAUGCAAAGGGCUGCCUGACCUGGAGGUCAUGUAUCAAGGACAAUGCAAAAAAUCUUGCUCCAGUGUUGUCUGCCCCGGAACCCACACCUGUGUUGUGGACCAGACCGGGAGUGCUCACUGUGUGAUGUGUCGAGUUGAACCCUGUCCAGACCCCACCAGCCUAGACCACACAAUCUGUGGGAACAACAAUGUGACCUACCCUUCUACUUGCCACCUACGGCGAGCCACCUGCUAUUUUGGUCAAUCCAUAGGGAUCCGGCAUUACGGAAGGUGUACAGCUCUGAAUAAAAACGCCUUGGACACAGAUGAUGCUGAAGAAAACUACAUCUGAAAAUCUAUUUUGGGGUGAUUUGUCCAGUUCCUAAUGUUCAGGGGCAUUAUCUGUAAUAACGUACAGACUGUGCAUUAUAUACUUGGUAUUUAUUAAAACCAAAAGGAAAAAAAAUCUUAUUUAUAUAAAUAGAAAGAGAUGUAACCUAGACACAGACGCAUUUCAAUUCUUAAGUCCUAGUUUGUACCACGGGUAUUGGGAAAGGGGGUCAAAAAAGUCAAGAUGGUGGCAAGGACCAAGCAAUGAUAGCCCCACCCAUUUAAAAGGGGGUGGGGCUUUGAUCGCUCAGUUGCUGCCACCAUUUUGAAUUUUUUAGUCCUGCUUCUAGCACAGGGGGUCUUCAAAUUUGGCUGCUUUAAGACUUGUGGACUUCAAUUCCCAGAAUUCCUCAGCCAGUAUGGCUGGCUGAGGAAUUCUGGAAAUUGAAAUCCACAAGUCUUAAAGCGGCCAAGUUUGGAGACCCCUGUUCUAGAGGAUGUGCCUGAUCCCUCCCAAACCCUUCACACAGAUUUUCCUCCAAAACUGAGAAAAGUUUUCUUCCAUUGUUCUAAGGAAAAUCCAUUUUUAUCCUUUCAAAAUGAAAUUUGCUUAAUUCAAAACCGGGCCAGUUCUCUCUAGAAUUCCCUGAAAUAUUUUAUUUGUCCGUUUUCUUUACCCUUUUUUUGUCUUUGUGUAUAUUGCCUUGCUGUUUUAUUGCUGCAUAUAACCUCAUUCCCAAAACUCCCAGCCUGCCUCAUUGCCUCAGUCAACCCUCCUCUAUCCAAACUUUCUGCUUCAACAAGACUUCAAUAAUAGGUUCCUUCUGAUUUAAUCAAAUAUUCCUUUUUGAUUCCUCUGUCUUCUUGGAGAUGAAGUCUCCUUGACUUACAACCAUUCAUUUAGUGACCAAAGUUAGAACAGCCCUUUUAAAAAGUGAUUUAUGACCAGUUCUCACUCUUACGACCAUUGCAGCAUUCCCCAGGGUCAUAUGAUCAAAAUUCAGGUGUUUGGCAGCUACCAUGUAAUCAUGAUAACUGCAGCACCCCGGGGUCAUGUGAUCACUAUUUGUGACCUUCCCACCCAGCUUCUGACAAGCAAAGUUAAAUGGUGGACUCUGGGUUCGUUUAACAACCACAUGAUUCACUUAACAAUUGCAGUGAUUUGCAUAACAACUGUGGCAAAAAAGGUUGCAAAAUCGGGUGUGACUCAAAUAACAACCAUCUUGCAAAGCAAUAGAAAUUUGGUCCCCAUUGUGGUCUUAAGUUGAGGACUGCCUCUAUAUUGUUACAUGUCUCCACUCAGAAAAUUGGAAAGUUUAUGAACUUUCCAAGCAACGAAGGUUCAUCAUGUAAAUAGGGUCUCUCUCUCUCUCUCUCUCUCUCUCUCUCUCUCUCUCUCUCUCUCUCUCUGUGUGUGUGUGUGUGUGUGUGUGUGUGUGUGUGUGUGUGUAUGGAAUUGGGAGGUAUCACGCUGAUGAUAGGCAGUUUCCAACCAAUUUUAUCUAUAUGUCCAUUUUAAAUUUGUCAUCUGCUUCACUGUGUAUGUUGUAAAAUGUGUACAUAGCAUUCUUUUACUGACAGCAUGAUAUUCCAUUCUAUUCCAUUCCAUUCCAUUCCAUUCUAUUCUAUUCUAUUCUAUUCUAUUCUAUUCGUCCUUUUCUUUAUUGUUUUAAACAGGCAAUUUCUCUAUUUUUGUAUGCUUGAGUCCCUGGUUUUUUAUUUUUUGGUUCCUUCAAGUUAGUCUUGACUCUGUGGAUGCCUAGACAAGUCCCUACAUUUUCCUUGGAAAGAUUUCAGAAGUGGUUUGCCAUUGUCUCCUUCUUAGGGCUGACUGGCCCAAGAUCGCCCAGCUGGCUUUGUGUCCUGCCUUCUGGUUUCUAGCCUGGUGCCUUAACAACUAGAUCAAACUGGCUAUCUGAUAUUUUUUUUACACCCUUUCAUUUAUCAGAUGUCGUUCUAGAACAAGAGUGUCCAACCUUGACAACUUUAAGACCUGUGGACUUCAACCCCCAGAAUUCUCCACCAGCUUAAUAACUGCGGCAUUUGCUUCACAACCAUUGACACAAAAGUUCAUAAAAUCAGGUUGCUCCUAUGGGUGACCCGCUUUACAACCAUCACAACUUGCGAUCACAAUGGGCACAUUCCAUUUGAAGUCUUUACUAUACAGAACUUCAACACCAACAACAAAAACCUGCACUUUUCUUUAGCAGUCUCUUAGCUACAUCAAGGAAUAAGCCUUUUUUUUGCUGAAUUUGAACAAUUAAGAGAAGACUAAAGAAAUGGGGGGGGGGAAUGGCAUGGCCUUGUCUUUUUGUUCUCUUUAUUUUCUUUUACUUUUUUGACUGAAGGGGGAAGAACUGAGGUGCUGGGCAAACAGGAAUGGUUGGCUGGCAAUCUCCAUAUUCCCCAAAUCUAAACGAGAUUGUUUUAUAAGAUUUAGGGAAAAACAAAAGGAAGAGUCUGGAGGAGCACUAAUAAAUUUGUUCUUUUCAUUCCUCUGAA